AACUAUGGCAGCGCCAUGGUAAUUUGCUUAUUUCACGCAUGCGCACUCCAUUUUGGCCAACACUGACAUCAAAGAUGUCGCCAGAGAGUUGCGCUACUGUAUAUACUGUGUAUGGUCAAAAGUAUGGUGCCGAGUGUGAUGUAUAGAGAAUACGUCACCGCUGGGUUAUGUUCGCGAUAUUGCCAAAUUAAACGGUCCAUGGAUGACAAAUCUUGCGUUUGAAAGGCAGGCUAAAAAAAUUUGUCCGGGUUUAGAGUUAGUGCCUGCUGUGGCAUAUACGGUGAAUUCAACGCAAUUCUCGAGAAAGAUCUUUGGAUGGGUGGAUGAAGGUUCUAAGAAACGGAAAGCUUCUGAGGACUGUGACUUUGAAGAAGAAUAUAUAACACCCAAAAAAUUUAAAUCCAAUUGUAAUAUAGCUCGUACAAUGGAACAGUAUUUUACCAUUGAUGAUAGUGAUGACGAUGAUAUCAUAUACAUAGGUGAGCAGAAAUGCUCAUCGACAAAACCGUGUGCACAGAUGAACGGUACUCAUAAGAAGCAACCGCAAUCUUUCGAAUAUUACAAAACUCCCACUUGUAAGUCUACUUGCUUUAUGCUGCAUCACAAUAAACCGACCACGGAGCACUUUUUUCAUCACAAACAUAGGAUGCCGGAUACCUAUCACAAGUCUCCCACAUUAUCCAAAACUAAUCAAUUAAAAGAGAAAUAUCAGUAUGAAGAAAUGCUUCAAAAUCUGUUUCCAAAUAGGAUACAGGUAUUUACGGAUAAACCUGUGCGCAAACCCAUAGAAGUUAUUGACUUAGAAAAGCAACCGGAAAUCAUGACAUCUAACAAGAUGCAAUCAUCUGUCACUAACUUGUCUAAGAUACCAACGUCAUACCAUAAUAGAGUUUGCAUGUCAAACUACUCUAGGACAGAUAAAGAAAAAGUUCCUACUUUAAAUUACAGCAAGAAAGGUAUCAAGACAUAUCAGCAAUUCAACAAAGUAAUUACAAUUGAUAGACCCAGUACCAGUGGAUUAGUGAAAACUACACCAAGGUUACCUGUCAAAGCUGUUGCGACUAACUCAUUGCGUGACGAGCUAGCUGCGAAACCCAUCAUGAGACAAGACUUCAUCCCUCAAGUUACUAAGAGAUACAACGAACGAAUUGAACAACGCCACAGAGAGGCUGAAGAACUAAAGAAGAUGACAUGCGUCUUGUCCAAGCACAAUAGAUAUGCACGAGAAGCAGCUCUGGAAGAACAAUUGGCACGUUCUAUGAAAUUAUACCUGGCUGUCCUAGAUGAUAGGGAGGAGCAAGAAGAACCAGCGUUGCCGACGUUGACCAAUGAGAUGUUGAAAGAAGUGAGAAGCGCUAUCAUACCAUGUCCCCCAGGCGAGGUUCUUGUGGAAGGCUUUGGUCUAAGGAUCACGCGAAAGGAUCUUUGCACACUAGCCGACUUAAAUUGGCUAAACGAUGAAGUAAUAAACUUCUACAUGAAUCUAUUGAUUGCCAGAGGCACGUCUUCCGACAAGUAUCCAAAGGUACACGCAAUGAACACGUUUUUUUAUCCAAAACUUCUAUCGGGUGGUCACUCAUCUCUGAAGCGAUGGACUAGAAAAGUAGAUAUAUUCGCGCAGGAUCUUGUAGUAGUGCCUAUACAUCUGGACAUUCACUGGUGUAUGUCGAUAAUAGAUUUCAGGAAUAAAUCGAUUGUUUAUUAUGACAGUAUGGGCGGCAGUAACCCAAAAUGUCUAGCGGCAUUAAAACAAUAUUUACAGGACGAGAGUCUAGACAAAAAGAAACAAUCUUAUGAUAUAAGUGACUGGAAAUUGCAAUCAGCCAAGAACAUUCCACAACAGAUGAACGGCAGUGAUUGUGGCGUAUUUUCUUGUAUGUUUGCUGAAUAUGCCUGCGCAAAUAAGAAGAUAACGUUUACGCAGGAUGAUAUGCCGUACUUUAGGAACAAAAUGGUCUAUGAGAUAUUGAAGGGUAAACUUUUGUAAGAAAAAGCAUCAAUUACUGCUUCGAUAAAUUGAAAAAUAGCCAAUGUUAGAGAGAAGCUCCAAACUAAUGAUGAAGCUAUAUUGUAAUAAAACUCGAGCAGUUUAAUGCUUUGGAGAAUUGCUUGGAAAAUAACACAAAUAUCAUCUAUUAUUAUUCUUGAAAAAAAAAAAAAA